UCUCACUGCACGCAGCUGUGGAAAUGAGAUCAAAUUGAGAUAAGCUCUCUGCAGGCACAGAGGAGAUCAACAGGUGGAGCGAUGAAGAUCUGACUCCUGCAGUUUGCGGAUUUUUUAAAAGCAGAAGAGAAAGUCUUUUGCUUUGACUAUUUUUCGUUUUUUAAACUUCAUCUUAAAACAAAAAAAACUCUAUAGGUCACUAUGAAUGUGCCUUUGAUGAGGGCCCAGGAGCAGCCUCAUCCUCUUUGCGGCCCAGGCUUGAUCCAGGAUUUACCCCACUGUCCUCCUGGGUUCAACCUGAGCUCCCGCCUGAAUCCUUCUCCCAUCCACGGCCUCCAAAACAUCCAGAGAUCCACCAAACCUCAGAGGGAGCUGAGCCCCGAGGAGCAGCAGGAGCUGCGGAGGAAGAUCAACAGCAGGGAGAGGAAGAGGAUGCAGGACUUGAACAUUGCUAUGGAUGCUCUUAGGGAGGUCAUGGUGCCUUACGCCUCCUCACCGUCUGCCUCCUCCUCUUCCUCUCAGUCCCAUCAGCCUGGAGCUCCUCCAGGACGAAGGCUCUCCAAGAUCUCCACCCUGGUCCUCGCCCGGAACUACAUCCUCCUCUUGGGCUCGUCCCUGCAGGAGAUGAGGAGGCUAUUGGGGGAGGUCAGCGUUGGGAUGGGGGUAAACUCGGGUCCUGUCCCUCGCCUGCUCCUCGCUGGAGGUUGGCCCCUCAUCUCCGGCCCCAGUCAGCUCCUCCUCACCCAGGAGUCGCUCCUCACCUCCGCAGCCUCUUCCUCUUCCUCUUCCUCCGCUUCGUCGACUUCUGCUGCUAAGUGCCCCCUGCUGUCUCCGGGCCAUAUGGAGGCCUCGUUGGGCCCCGUGCAGUGGAGUUCUGCAGGGGCCUCAGGAGGGCCCCUGUGCCCCUGUGGAGUGUGCAGACUGCCGAGAUUCAGCCACUCCGCCCCUGCUCCAAGAUACCCAAAGUAACACAUGAAAGAGGGGCAUGAAGAGGAUUUCUGAAGGCUUGAUGACUGUUACAUGUAUGCAAUUUUCUAUGAUAUAUAACAUUUCUACAUGAUAAUUAACUGCAAUCACCCACCAUGAUUGGCUCUUUUUUUUAUUCAAUGGAUCUAUUCUGUAGUUGGCUAGCCAGUUUCUUAAUGUUGUAAAUCCUGUAACAACUUUUUUUUACACAGAGAUAUAAAGCUUUUGUUUUUGAAGCAGAGACUUGUUCAGUGAAUCAUGGUGACAAAAUAAGUGACUGAUAUUUAUAAAGUGCACAAGCCAAGAACUUCAGAAGAAUUUGAAUAUUCAAAAGCUCUGAAAACGUAUUCACACUUUUUUUUUUCUAUGAUCGUGAAAGUCAAUAUAAGCUGCCGAUAUAAUCUUGGUUGUUUCUCUAUGUGUCCUUUUGCCUGUGCUUUACUCUCUGGUUUUGUGUUCUAGAAGUUAUUUUCAUGCACUAAAAUCAACUAAGCAAUACACUCCAAACACUGAGAAUUUGUUUGCUUGUUUUCUUUGAUUAUUGCUCAUUGCAGUUGUUCAUUAUCUACAAAUGCAGCAUUUUUACCCACACCUUUGUUUGAAGGUUAAAGUCAGUAUUUAUUACCCUUCCUCUAGUGUUUCCAUUUGUGAGUGAGUGCAUGCGUAUGUGUGUGAG